CCUUCUCGCUUCCUUCCCCUCCUCCCGUAACCACACACACGCAGGCACGCACAAGCAGCGAGGGGGAGAGCGAGCGAGUCCCCCGGCUGCCUCCCUCCCUCUAUCGCACACAGCGACAGGAGAGACGGACGGAGCGCAACGCGCAGGGAGAGACCACCGAGCACCGCCGCCGCCAAGCGCUCUCACACAUUCAUGCGCGCACACACACGCACACACACAUUCAGCGCCUGCUCUUUCCUCUCCCCCCUCCCUUCCCUCCUCCUUUCUCUGCAACCAGAAAAAAAGAGGCACUUUCAGGUAUUUGCUCAGUGGAUCGGAGUCUUUAUUUCUUUCCCACCAAGCCUCCCCACCCCCAACCCGCAUCACCGCCCUGUACAGUUUGUUUACAAGUAUCAAAGUUGUAAUUGAGGAGCGGCCAAAGAAAGACACAUCGGGAUAUUUUUCUUUUCUGGUUUUUUUUACCCUCUCCUUUGUGUUAGGGAGUGAUGUGCAACUAAAUAAAGACAAACAGGCGGGUUAAACGUCUGCAAAUCCAAGCCCCCAGUCCCCCCCCCCAAAUACAGAGACUGUGGCGACGGUGCCCGGGCUUGAGAAUGCCAAGGAAGAGCCGGCUGCCUGAGACUUCGCCGUCUGGAGAGAUGCCCCCACAAGAGGAUUAGAGGAUAUCGUUUUCCCCCCUUCCCUUCCCCUCCCCUCGACCCCUCCGGCCACCCAGCCCCCGUCUCCGCCCCCCCGACGGCUCCAGUGGCCCUCCUCCCGGCCCUGCCCUUCCCUCCCCUGGCCCUCCCCGGACCCCCCUUCCUCUCUUCCUCCUCCUCCUCCUUCCCCCCCGCCCUGUUGCCCCAAGCCCACCCGCACCCCUUGGGCACCAUGAACACCAACGUGUGCGUGGAGACGGGGCCCAACCCCGAGGCGCCGGGGCUGCCCAAGGAGAACCAUCUGCCCGACGGCGCCCUCAACAGCCUUGUGGAUUACAACUCGGAGAUGGAGCGCUACCGCUCCUUCGCCACCUUCUACAAGACCAACGGCGGGGCCUUCCCGCAGGCGGCCAAGAUCGCGCGGAUCACCACCCCUAUCUUCCCUAGCGCCGCCGCCGCCGCCGCCGCCCGCAUCGGCAUGUCCCCGUGGAACUGCGACACGGCCACGGCGGCCGCCGCCACCGCCAUGCUGUGGGGCAGCGGCGCAGGAGGCGGGGGCGCGGGCGUCGGUGGCCCCAACCCGGCGGCAGCCGCGGCUGGCGGCGUGGCCCGGAAAGCGGCCGCCGCCGCCGCCUCGUCCGUAGCAGCGCCUCCGCCGCCGUCUGCUUCUUCGCCCGCCUCCUCUCUGCACGCCGCCGGCAGGAGCGGCGGCGGUGGGAGUUUGCACCAUCGGAACGAGUCCCAGCGGCUCGGCAAGCCUGGCUGCGCCCCAGCCGAGCAGCCCUCGUUGCAAAUGGCCAAUAAUAAUUUCCUCUCCACCUUAGCCCCGGAACACUGCAGACCUUUGGCUGGGGACUGCAUGAACAAGCUCAAAUGCGGCGCUGCUGAAGCAGAGAUAAUGAAUCUCCCCGAGCGCGUGGGGACUUUUUCCGCUAUCCCGGCUUUAGGGGGCAUCUCAUUACCUCCCGGGGUCAUCGUCAUGACAGCCCUGCACUCCCCCGCAGCAGCCUCAGCAGCCGUCACAGACAGCGCGUUUCAAAUUGCCAAUCUGGCAGACUGCCCGCAGAGCCAUUCCUCCGCCUCCUCGUCGUCCUCCCUGGGAGCCGCCGGAGGAGGGGGAGGAGGAGCCGGAGGAGGAGGAGGAGGGGGCGGCGGCGGCGGCGCGGGAGGAGGAGGAGGAGGGGGCGGCGGCAACCCGGCCAAGAAGAAGAGGAAAAGGUGUGGGGUCUGCGUGCCCUGCAAGAGGCUCAUCAACUGUGGAGUCUGCAGCAGUUGCAGGAACCGCAAAACGGGACACCAGAUCUGCAAAUUUAGGAAAUGUGAAGAGCUAAAGAAAAAACCUGGCACUUCGCUAGAGAGAACACCUGUUCCCAGCGCUGAAGCAUUCCGAUGGUUCUUUUAAGCAGUAGCAUAUCUUAUUUUCAAGGCAGCCUGAAGUGAAAGGCAAGCUAAAGUCUUGUUUUAAGAAAUCGCUUAGUCUACCACUGAAGAAUAUUAUUUUCAUUUAUGUAUAGGGGUUUCCUCAAAAAAAAAAAAAAAGAAAAUCCAAAAAAUCAUGACAUAGAGUGGUCUCCAGGUAAGAGGGAAGAAGGUACAUUUGGAGAGGCGGUCUCUGAUAAAGCAGAAUGUCCCCCACUGAAAUGCCUGAACAUAAGAUAGUACUGUUUUAAUUUCUGUCCCAUCAUGUUCACCGUCUGACAGCAUGCCCUCUCUGUGCAUCACAGCUCACCGUCUUGUGUUUUCAUCUUGUUUAGAUGACGCUUCUGCCAUUUCUUAGCAGCUGCAUUCUGUGCGAUAGUUCCUCCAGUCUUAAGUGUCACUCAGUUUCCUCUUGAAAGGCCAUCUGAGUAAGACAACACUCCAUAUAAGAGAGCAUUAACCAGCUUUUGAGGGCUACUCUCUUAUCCGGAGACCACCAUACCUGGGACCCUGGAGAAUUGGCCAGUUUGCUCACAUUCAGUACACCAAUUCUUUUGUUGAUGUAAUUUAGCUAUAACUAGUGAACUUGUUGUCUAUUUUUAAAGUGGCUGUUAAAUAUAUAUAUAUAUAAAAGUUUGGGUAAACCCCUGCUAUAAAAUAAUGUAUCUUGACAAAGUACCAUAUCUCUACUUCAUUUUUCCAAUAUGUGUUUUGGUACUGUAAACUGUACAGAUAGCCGCUUGUAUUUUGUGUGUUUAGACACAAGGAGACAAUCACAUCUGACCAACUAUGGAGAUUAACCAUUUGUUCACAACAGUGUGGUUCUGCAAAUUAAAUCUGGAGCAAUAAAUUCAAGCAUUCAGUAUCUUCCUCUUCUAUUCCCCCCCCUUUUGUUUUGCCAGCUGUCCAAUAUCAUCAGCAACAGUAGUGUUCUUACCAUGCAUCCUGCUAUUAGUACCUGCAGCAAAGUUGUUAAAAAGAAAAUACAACAGUGUCUCUUUCAGAUACUUUCAGGAUAUAGUAUUGUAUGACAGGAAAGAUAUAGACUGUAAAAGUUAAUCUUUAGAAGCGCUAUCUUACAGGAGCAAUUACGCUCUUCCAUAGAUUCAAAAAAGUUUAACAAAAGCUUGUAGUCAAUGAGCUGCACUGCCCAUAAAAUAGGUUUUAAAUAUAGGCAGACAUGCAGUAUCAGUGUUGCAGAGCUAUAGCAAAAUGGUUUAUUACACAAAAUGAAAUGUAUCAUAUGUUGAGAGGGACAGGGAAUCUCUCCGUUAAUGUAUUUACUUUCCUCUAGAGAUUGCUUUAUAGAUCUUUUAAUGGGGGAAAAAGAUAUCUGAAAUUAUUUUUUUCUCAGUUUACAGUAUUUAGCUCUUAGACUAGUUUGUAAAUGUAGAUGGGGUUACAUCUUUUCUUAAAUCUGCAGGACAUGAAACCCAGAAUCUUUUAAGGUGUUCUCAAAUGUUAGCACUUUUAAUAGAACUGAAAAUUGAAAAUUGAUUGUGAUUUUUUUCCUUUUACCCUAAUCAGACAUUUAAUUUAUCAUUACACUAUUUAGAAAUAACCCAAGAAUGUGGGACAGUUAAAAAAAAAUCCUCUAUCCAGAUCACUUCAUGGCUAUAGCCAUCUUGUCAAAAUUUAGGCGUGCAAAGCUAUAUAGAGUAGUUGAUUGGCAGAAAAAAAAUGAUAGGAGGUGAGCAGUGUUUAGGGAAAUGCAUGGCUUCAAUUGAUCUAAAAUGGAUUUUGUGAAGAUAGCUUUUUCAGGAUUCUGCAAUUUGCAGGCAAAUAUUUGUGUUUAGAUUUUAUUUUAUUUUUUAAAAAGGCUGUAUAGCCUUCCUGAUUACCAGUAAGGUGGGGUUGAAAACAGACUGGCAGUUUACCAGAGCUUUAGAACAGAGAACUUGCUGAGAAUACACAUUUAUAAUUUUUAUAUUCUUUACCACUAACAUUAACUUUCAAGGAUGCAUCUAAGAAAUAGAAGGGCGACUCCCUACCAUACUUUUGACUAUUCCAUUUGUUCAUAAUUGCCCUGUCAUACUUAAAAAUUGUAGAUUUUUCUCCCUUGCAACACAUAAUUGGUGGGUGAAGAUUUCUUUUUAAUCCUUUAGUUGUAAGUACAGAAACAGAGAAUGGUCAAUCUUCUCUUGGCCAAUAAUUUUACAUUCAUUAGGCAGCAGUGUGAUUUUGGACAUCUGUUCU